AUGAUGGUGCCAAUAUUAUUGGCUAUGACAACUGUAGUUCUGCAUACAAUGCGUCAACACCGGAUCAUCGUGACUUGCGACCAAAUUACUGCCCAACACAGACCUAUAAAAUGACCUUGGACAAGGAACCAGAAGACAAAGAUGUCUUCAUGUGGUCUGGUACCCGCUAUAUUGACAGAGUGUAUGUUAUGCAGAUAACCACCGUAGAUAAUACUCCUCCAUAUUUCAACAUAUCUAGAUAUGAUAAGACUAUACCUGACCAUUCAGAUAUAGACUUCAGUAUCAUGGACCUUUACUUCAAUGAUACUGAUUAUGCUGACUGGUUUGAUGAUAUUGAACCAGAGUAUGAUGAUGAUCCCUAUUUUUACUAUGAUACAUUUUCCAAGAGUGUACAUGUUAAAGAUGAGCUACUCCAUAUUGUUGGUGAACAGAACCAGUACCACAAGUUUAUAGUAUGGGCUGAAGAUUCUUGUUACAACAGAGUAACUGGAACUGUUACAAUAACCACUUUCAAUGGACCUCCAACUUUUCCUAAUUUACCAAAGACUACAUUGAUUAGUGAGUCCAAGACAGGUGCACUGUAUACAUUUACAGUAGAUGACCCAUCUAAUGGACCUGACAUUAUUACAUGUGAAAUGUUAAGAUCCAUUCCAAGCUCUGAAAGUCAUAAGUUUUAUCUUGAAGGAAAAACUAUUUAUUUGAAUGAAUCAGCCACACUUAACCGAGAUAUGAUUCCUGAAUAUGAGAUUGUUAUAGCUUGUACUGAUGGGACAGAUACGUCAGAGACUUAUCUCAGAAUAGAACUCACUAAAGACCAAUCAGAUUCAGAAGCACCUCCAGAGUUUAUUCAGAUUGAGUCUGGUCUGCUGGCUUCCCUGACAGUAACUGUAGUAGUGGUGGAUACAGUUACAAUGUACUCAAUGAUAAUGAAUUCACUAGUGUUUGUGCCAUGACAUUGAUUUUAUGAACAUAAAUACAUCUAUUUCUUCAAAUAUUUAGAAAAAAUUGACAAAUAUCUAUGCUAACUAUUCAAUUUUUUAAGAAAUGGAUGCUUUAAAAGAUGAUUAUUUGUGAAAAUUGCUGGCAACAUUUAUCUUAAUAUUUGUGAAUGUCACUGGCGAGGUUUCCGUCCAUUUUACUUUUCCAGUAAAUAUUUUGACUCUGUUGAUUAAUACUUGUAUGAACUUUUUGUGUAUGUUUAAAUAUAUUUACCUAUGUUGAAAGACAUGGAUAAAGUCAAAUCAUAAAAAUACAAAUUGUUUAAUAUCACGAAAAAUUAUUUUCGCAGCAAUUUUUGUUGGUACUCAUUGCAAUUUGGGUACUGGGACAAAAAAGUUACUACCAUUUAACUGACAUUUUUUUUUAACAAUCCGCUUUCAAUUUUUGUCCCAAAUUUAUUGGUUAUCAUUCCUCAUAUAAUAACUAACUUGUUGCACACAAUAAUUCUAACAUAACAAAAUAUGCCUUAUCACUAUUUUUGUCAAGUUCUGAAAUUAAAUUACAAUUUUUUCAAUGUCACAAACCACUGUUGAUACUAUCUGGGGCCCUAAAAAAAUAUACUCAUUAAACUUUUCAGAGAAAUUUAAACACUUCAAACAAUUAUUUUUUAUCAUUAAUUGUAUUAUCAAUUUUGAUAAUUUUCCGUUAAAAUUUAAAAAUGUCCACUUUCUACUCUGAAAUUCUCCUUUCUCAGUUCAUUACUAAUGACAUUUGAUUUUGCGACACUAAACAUGACAGAAAGUUAUCUAAAUGACUGUGUUUUUUCUAUACUGGAUUGGACACAAUUGCAAUAAACGAAGAACGAUUGAUACCAGAGGAACAGUCAAUAAGUUUUAUUGAUGGUGUGCUCCUGAUCAGUUAAUCAUUGAACUAAUGAUACUUUUUUAUGUGAAGUCUAAACUUUUCAUAGGGGUUGUGAAAUGUUUAAAUUGUAUAUAAUAGAUUAAAAGAAACUGAUAUAAUAUUUUUUAUUUUGUUUUAUUAUUGU